AUGGUAGAUAGUAAUAAUUAUCUUCCGGAGCGUCAGGCAUUGCUUGAUGAUGACCAGCAAGCCUCUAAUAACAGCAAGCCGUCGAUGAGACAGAGGAAGUAUGUACCUACUCCACAAGAGACAAGGAAGUCUAGAGUAUCAUAUACAGGAAAUGCCAUGAUAAAUCCAAUAAGUAAACAAAGUCGUACGGGGGCGGGUGCUCAAAGAACAUCACGCACAGCGCAAAAACUAAAACUUUUGCCAGAAGAGCCCUUUCAAAGGGAUGACGAAGGACUAACAGAUCUAAAGAAUCAAGAGGUAUAUUCUCAAGUGAACAGAAUCAAAGAUAAGCCCGCAAGAAGAGAUGCUGAAAAGCUGGGAAAGGCCCACAGACAUUUGCUCCCAAGGUCCACUGCAUAUUGUACUGCUAGCAGUUAUAACAUGAAAGAACUGAUAAGAUGGUUGAAGGACUGUCGAAAAAUACACCAUACCCAUCCAAAAUUAUUUGACGAAUGUUUAUACACCCCAUUCAUUUACAAUGAUUGGAGAGGUGACAAAAGAUUUGAGCAUGAGGAUGUCAUUAGGUUAGACGAUGAAGGUGGUGAAAUUAUUGUUAGUGACAAGCACCCAGAUUUGUUCAUUUUUGAGUAUGGCGUUGUCGUUAUGUGGGGAUUCACCGAAAGAGAAGAGAAGGCGUUUUUAAACGAUAUAGAAAAGUUUGAAAAAGAAAAAUUAGCAGAAGAAGAUAUUCAAGUUGAAGAGUUCAAUUAUUAUGUCACAAAAAGUUACCAGCCGAGGAUAUAUAACGAUUUCAUUACUUUAAGAGACGGUUCAAACUAUAUGGUCAAGCUCUCUAUUUCUCACGCAAUUGCUCAAAGUGUAAAAAUCUCACUUUUUGAAGAACUGGUAGAUAAUACUAUUGAAGAUACCCAGGAUAUACCACAAGAAAUUGCGUACAGUGGGAAAGUUUCCAUGGGCAAGGAAGAUAUAAUGAAAAGUAUAGGGGAACUAUUCAUUUUGAGAAUCAAUAUUAACCUACAUGGCUCAGUUUUAGACUCGCCUGAAAUUAUGUGGUCAGAACCACAAUUAGAACCCAUAUAUCAAGCAACUAGAGGUUACCUAGAGAUUAACCAACGUGUUUCGCUGUUAAACCAAAGACUAGAGGUCAUAUCGGAUCUUCUUCAAAUGUUGAAGGAACAGCUGGGCCAUUCGCACGAAGAAUAUCUUGAAUUUAUUGUCAUAUUACUAGUUGGUGUAGAAGUGCUGAUAUCGGUGAUCAAUAUAGUGGUUGACAUGCUGGCUAGUCAGCAUUAA